AUCGCGCCUAAUUAAGCUUGCAAAAAAGCUCAUCAGCCGACGCCGUUACUUUGUCAGCCGAGCCGCCUCGUGCUUUGUUUCCCUUUUCCCUCCCCUUUUCGGUAGCUUAUUGCCAUCUUCAAACACACGAAACAGAGUCCUCGGAGAAUUCUCGCCGGGAUCAUCCCACGUUUCCAGUCCUUAGAAACUAUCUGAUGAUCAAUUUCAGGCCGGCGGAGGCUCUCCCUUCGUCGACGGAGACGACGAGUAGUUCCGCUGUGGCUGCAGAAAAAGCGAUUUCGUUCAUAUCCAAGGGAUGGAGAGAAGUGAAAGAUUCGACGGAAGCGGAUCUACGGUUGAUGAAAGAUAGAGCAGAAUCGUUCAAGAACCUAGCGUCUUCUUUUGAUCGUGAGUUUGAGAACUUUUUGAAUUCCGCAUCGAAAUCGUCUUUUCCUGUUCUGGUGACAUCGUCAUCCCCUUCUCCGGCGGAGAUCGAUUUCAUGAGACGGUGGCAGCCGAAGAUUUCUGAUAUUUCCCGGACGUACUCUUCUCCGGAUUUUAGUAGGAGAGUUCUGAAGAAGUGGAGGCCAAGGGCGAACAUAAGGAUCGAUUUGUCAGCUAUAAAGAACGCGAUUGUAUCUGAGGUGGAGUUUGAUGAUAGAGAAGCGUAUCAGAGGAGAGCAAGGACGAGGGUAAAUAAUUUUAGCUGGGAACUGGAAGGAGAAGGCGACCAAGGGCAGCUUCUUGGGCAUUGGGAGCGUAUUAGGGCUUUCAAAACGCGCUUAGGGGAAUUAGAGAAAAGGAGUUCAUCGUCAGAAAUUAUCGAGGGGCUCAAGAACAGCCGGUUUGUGGUGAAAGUUAAAUCUAGUUUGAAAGCAAUUUGCAAGGAACCAGACAAUUUAAAGGACGUUCCGCCCUUGGACAUCCCAGAACUUUUAGCAUAUUUGGUUAAGCAGUCCGUCCCGUUUUUAGAUCACUUUGGUGUUAAGAGAGAUGUCUCUGACAAGAUAGUGGAAAGCUUGUUUGGGAAAAGGAAAAACCAACUUUUGUUAAGGUCAUUUCAUCCCAGAGAGCCAUCGAUUCCUGAAGGUGAUAAUGUUAUCGAUGAACUAGAUUCAAGAGUAGCUAGUGUGCUUCAAAGUACAGGACACCAUUAUGAAGGUGGAUUAUGGACCAACCUUGGUAAGCAUCAGAUAUCCGAUUCCGAUGGGAAAAGGCAUGUGGCCAUCGUCACAACUGCUAGUCUUCCUUGGAUGACUGGGACUGCUGUAAAUCCACUGUUUCGAGCAGCAUAUCUGGCAAAAUCCAAAAAGCAGAGCAUCACACUAUUGGUUCCUUGGCUCACCAGAGGAGAUCAAGAAUUAGUUUAUCCAAACAACAUUACUUUCAGUUCACCGGCGGAACAAGAAGCUUAUAUUCGCAGUUGGCUUGAGGAACGAGUGGGUUUUAAGGCUGAUUUCAGAAUAUCCUUCUAUCCAGGAAAGUUUCAAAAAGAGAGACGUAGUAUUAUACCUGCUGGAGAUACUUCAAAGUUCAUUCCAUCCAAGGAUGCCGACAUUGCGAUCCUUGAAGAACCCGAACAUUUGAAUUGGUACCAUCAUGGUAAACGCUGGACUAGUAAAUUCAAUCAUGUCGUCGGAGUUGUUCACACGAAUUACUUGGAGUACAUCAAGAGGGAAAAAUACGGAGCUCUCCAAGCCUUCUUUGUGAAGCAUAUAAACAAUCUGGUUACAAGAGCUUACUGUGAUAAGGUUCUUCGUCUUUCUGCUGCAACACAAGAUUUACCCAAGUCUGUAAUUUGUAAUGUUCAUGGUGUGAACCCAAAGUUUUUAACAGUUGGGGAGAGAAUGGCUGCAGAAAGAGAAGGUGGGCAGAAUUCGUUCUCAAAAGGAGCUUAUUUUUUGGGCAAGAUGGUUUGGGCCAAGGGAUACCGGGAGUUGAUAGAUUUACUGGCGAAACAAAAAGAUGACCUUAAUGGCUUCAGACUUGAUGUUUAUGGGAAUGGAGAAGAUGCUCAUGAAGUACAAACUACGGCCAGUAGGUUAGACUUGAACAUUAACUUCAUGAAAGGCAGAGAUCACGCUGAUGAUUCUCUUCAUGGUUACAAAGUGUUCAUAAAUCCGAGCGUGAGCGAUGUGCUCUGUACGGCCACUGCCGAGGCGCUUGCGAUGGGGAAAUUUGUAGUAUGUGCCGAUCACCCAUCGAAUGAGUUCUUUACAUCAUUUCCCAACUGUUUAACUUACAAGACACCACAAGAGUUCGUAAACAAAGUGAAAGAAGCCAUGGAAAACGAGCCACAUCCUCUUACUGGUGAGCAACAAUACAAGCUCUCAUGGGAAGCUGCGACCGAGAGGUUUAUGGAGUAUUCUGAGCUUGAGAAGAUACUAGUAAAUGAUAGCGAGAAAAGUAGGUCGAAAUGGGUGGACGGAGGGUUGGCUUUUGGUCAUUAUUGUUUUACUGGGAAUGAAGUGUUGAGGCUGUGCACAGGGGCGGUACCUGGAACUCGGAAUUACGACAAGGAGCAAUGUAAUGAUCUUAAUCUUGUACCUCCACAAGUAGAAAACCCAAUCUAUGGCUGGUAAAUUAGAUUGAAUAAUUGAUGAUAUGAUAUUUCUUUAUAUGUACAGAUACCAGUUGAAUUUGUAGUUAGUUUGUUUUAGAUAUGAUCAAAUUAAGAAAC